GUGUCUCUUGCAGAGCUCUACUUCCUCAUAGCUCGGUUCCUGACCACCGGGCCCUGCAGGAGAGCGCUGAAGGUACUGGUUCAGGAGCUGGAGCAGCACCAGUUGCUUCCUAAAAGGUUGGAUUGGCAAGGAAAUGAGCAUUAUAGAAGUUACGAAGAAUUGGUGCUGUCCAACAAACAUGUGGCUCCAGACCAUUUGUUACAAAUUUGCAAGCGUAUUGGCCCUAUACUGGAUAAGGAGAUACCACCCAGCAUUUCGAGAGUGAAUUCCUUACUUGGUGCAGGGAGACAGUCAUUGUUACGUACAGCAAAAGAUUGCAGGAACACUGUUUGGAAGGGCUCUGCAUUUGCUGCUCUUCAUAGAGGAAGACCUCCUGAAAUUCCUGUCAACUAUGGCACACCACCAAAUCUUGUGGAAGUACAUCGAGCAAAACAAUUAACUGGAUAUGCAAAGUUCAGUACUUCAUUUCCAGGAAGUAUGUAUCAGCAUGUCAAGAUGCACAGACGGAUUCUUGGCCAUCUUUCUUCUGUAUAUUGUGUUGCAUUCGAUAGAACUGGACAUAGAAUAUUUACUGGCUCAGAUGACUGUUUGGUAAAGAUUUGGUCAACUCAUAAUGGCAGGUUAUUUGCCACAUUACGAGGACAUUCAGCAGAGAUUUCUGAUAUGGCUGUCAAUUAUGAAAACACUAUGAUUGCAGCUGGAAGCUGUGAUAAAAUGAUCAGAGUGUGGUGUCUGAGAACUUGCGCACCAGUUGCAGUCCUCCAUGGGCACACAGGGUCCAUUACCUCAUUACAGUUUAGUCCAAUGGUGAAAGGCUCCAUGCGAUACAUGGUCUCUACUGGUGCAGAUGGAACUGUUUGCUUUUGGCAAUGGGAUACAGAUUCCAUGAAAUUCAACAAUCGGCCAGUGAAAUUCACAGAGAAACCUAGACCCGGGGUUCAGAUGCUUUGUUCUUCAUUCAGUGUAGGUGGUAUGUUUUUAGCAACUGGCAGCACUGACCAUGUCAUCAGGAUGUAUUUUUUUGGCUCUGAAACACCUGAGAAGAUAGCUGAAUUGGAAAGUCAUGCUGACAAAGUUGACAGCAUUCAGUUUUCUAACAGUGGUGAUAGGUUCAUAAGUGGCAGUAGAGAUGGAACAGCCCGAAUCUGGCGUUUCGAGCAAGCAGAAUGGAGGAGUAUUUUGUUGGAUAUGUCCAAUCGAUUACCAGGUGACACAUGUUCAGAAGAAGACAAAUUUAUGAAGCCUAAAGUAACCAUGAUAGCUUGGAACCAAAAUGAUAACUAUGUCGUUACGGCUGUGAAUAAUCAUCUGCUCAAAGUUUGGAAUUCCUGUACAGGGCAAUUGCUUCAUGACUUGGUGGGGCAUGCGGAUGAAGUAUUUGUCUUGGAGACCCAUCCUUUUGAUUCCAGGAUCAUGCUGUCUGCGGGUCAUGAUGGCAACAUCUUUAUAUGGGACAUUACCAAAGGCACGAAAACAAAGCAUUAUUUUAACAUGAUUGAAGGCCAAGGACAUGGUGCUGUUUUUGAUUGUAAAUUUUCACCGGAUGGGCAGCAUUUUGCAUGUACAGAUUCUCAUGGGCAUCUAUUGAUAUUUGGUUUUGGCUGUAGCAGGUCUUAUGAAAAGAUUCCUGAUCAGAUGUUCUUCCACACUGACUAUCGGCCACUUAUUCGAGACUCUAACAAUUACGUCCUAGAUGAGCAGACUCAACAGGCUCCUCAUCUCAUGCCCCCUCCCUUCUUAGUAGAUGUGGAUGGAAACCCUCAUCCAACAAAAUAUCAAAGAUUGGUGCCAGGAAGAGAGAAUUGUGCGGAUGAACAUUUGAUUCCUCAACUUGGAUAUGUAGCAACAAGUGAUGGAGAAGUGGUUGAACAAGUUAUAGGCCAACAGACAGUUGAUCAGGAUGAACAAGGCUUGGAGCCCAGCAUUCUUGAUGGCAUGAUUAGACAGUUACAACUACAACAAGAUCAAAGAACUGGAGCUGAUCAAGAAUCUGCUUCAAGUGGCCCACAAAAUGGGGAAGGAACACCUAGAAGAGCUUUUAGAAGACCAAGUUUUGACAUCCAGUCUCCUCCCAAUAUUGGUCUGCGACGUAGUGGGCAAGUUGAAGGUGUGCGUCAGAUGCAUCAGAAUGCUCCACGAAGUCAGAUGGCUACUGAGCGAGACCUUCAAGCUUGGAGACGAAGAGUAGUUGUACCAGAAAUACCACCAAGCUUACUCAGGAAGCAGGAAGAAUAUCGACUUGCAAAAGGGGAAGAAGAGAGAGAUCUUUAUGCAACAGAGAAGAAAAAAUCAUUCGAGUCAUUGGAAAAGAGUGACUCUGAGUCUUCAUUAAUACAAUCUAAGCGUAGACUGCAUAGACGGAAAUAUCCGAAUUACCGAACACGGAAUAACAUUGAACAGCUGGAGUCUUCUGAUGAGGAAAGAGAUAACUGCUUUGGCUUGAUAGAGCAGGAAGCUGAAGAAAGUGAGGGCUCUGGCUCAUCUGAUGAAGAGGAAGAGUGGAGAAGUGACAAGAAAAGCAACAGUAAUAGUUCUAGUGAUACUUCAAGUAGAUACUCUGACUGGAUCGCUGAUGCAGGGAUUAACCUACAACCUCCUGUACGGACUUCUCGACGGAAAGCUAUCAGAUAUUGCAGUACUUCAGAAGAUGAAGUAUCAGCAGAGAAAUCAUCUCCUCCAAAGAGAAGAAGAAGAAAAAGGAGAAAAAAGCCCAAACCAAAAAAGCAGGAGGAGGCUAAUGCUGCAGCACAACCAGUAAACUUGGAAUUGUCAUAUGAUUGGCAUCCUCCCAUUUGGAUAACAGACACAGCUCUUCGAAGGUCCCCUUUUGUUCCUCAGAUGGGCGAUGAGGUAAUAUAUUUCCGACAAGGACAUGAAGCUUACAUCGAAGCAGUUAGAAGAAAUAACAUUUAUGAACUGAAUCCACACAAGGAGCCAUGGAGAAAAGUAGUCCUGAGGGAUCAGGAAUUGGUAAAAAUUGUUGGAAUUAGAUAUGAAGUUGGUCCUCCCACAUUGUGUUGCCUCAAGCUUGCCUUUAUAGAUCAUGCCACCGGAAAACAUACAGACAAAUCAUUUUCCAUCAGAUACCAUGAUAUGCCAGACGUUAUUGACUUCCUUAUAUUACGUCAGUUCUAUGAUGAAGCACGGCAAAGGAACUGGCAAGCUUCUGAUAGGUUCCGAUCCAUUAUUGAUGAUGCAUGGUGGUUUGGAACAGUGUUGGGUCAAGAACCGUAUCAGCCUCAAUAUCCAGAUAGUCACUUUCAGUGUUACAGUGUUAAAUGGGACAAUGGUGAAAUUGAAAAGCUUAGUCCAUGGGACAUGGAACCAGUUCCUGAUAAUGUUGAUCAGCCUGAAGAAUUAGGAGCUAGUGUUUCCGUGACUUUUGAAGAGGUGGAGAAGCUACUAUACAAACCCCAAGAAGGGGAGUGGGGGAUGAGAUCUCGUGAUGAAGCAUGUGAACGGAUUAUCAGUGGUAUUGAUCAACUUCUCACUCUUGAUAUUUCAGCAGCUUUUGCUGGUCCAGUUGACCUGUGUACAUAUCCCAAGUACUGUACCGUGAUUGCUUAUCCAACAGACCUGAACACUAUUCGGACAAGACUGGCUAACCGAUUUUACAGGAGAAUCUCUGCAUUGGUUUGGGAAGUAAGAUACAUUGAAAGCAAUGCUAGGACCUUCAAUGAACCUGGGAGUGCUAUUGCUAGAGCUGCAAAAAGGAUCACUACCCAGCUCUUAAAGUUUAUCAAUGAUCAGGACUGUACAAACAUUUUUGAACUAUGUAGCACAACAGAUGAUGAACAAGAUUGUCUUGAUGCUGAUCUGGAUGAUGAAAAAUGUCUUCCAAGAACAUCAUAUAGAAGAAGAAAAGGACGGGGCUUAAAAAAAGGAAAAAGCGUGAAAACUGGCUAUGAUGAAAACUGUUGGAAGAAGCAGUGUAUGGAACUGGUGAAUUUAAUUUUCCAAUGUGAAGAUUCUGAACCUUUCAGGCAGCCGGUUGAUUUGGAUCAAUAUCCUGAUUACAGACAUAUUAUAGACACUCCAAUGGACUUUGGUACAGUGAAAGAAACUCUGGAAGCUGGAAAUUAUGACACUCCAAUGGAACUGUGCAAAGAUAUAAGACUAAUAUUUAGUAAUGCGAAAUCUUAUACUCCAAACAAAAAGUCAAAGAUUUAUAGUAUGACCUUGAGAUUGUCAGCACUAUUUGAAGAAAAAAUAAGAAGAAUUGUUUCAGAUUUCAAAAAUGGUCAGAAACAGAAUGAAAAACUACGAAGAAACCAGAGGUAUACUAGAAGAUUUCAUAAUCAAAGCUCAGUGCAGCAUCCUACCAAAAUGCUCAG